UUUAAAUGGAACCUCAAUCAGGCCCUGAAUAUAUGGAACUUAUGUUCGAAAAUGGAGAUAUUUACAAGGGCGAAGUUUGGCAGAAUAAGUUCCAUGGUCUGGGAAUUUUCUCAAAAUAAAGACAAAUUUGUGUACUGUGGUCAGUUCAAAGCAGGAGCUUUUCAUGGUAUUGGAAGAUACUGAGAUCCUUCACAACUUAUGAUGUUCCAAGGAGAGUAUCAGCAUGGACAAAAGAAUGGAAAUGGGAGAUUAGAGACUUAUAAGAACAAUAUCAGUUAUUCUUCUCUAAUCCCUGAUGCAGGAGAAGUGACUUUCAAAAGUUAUAAGAAGUAUAUUGAUGAUAAGAUCAUCUCACAAGUCAAAGGAGAUCUUGAAUCUGAAAUCAUUGAUUGAAUCAGAAUUACCGAAGGAGAAGUCAAGGAUAAAUUUGGAAUCCACUCAGCUAAAAAUGUAGACUAUAAUGAGCAAGUUAGUGAAAUGAAGAAAAUCAGAGCCCGAUCGACCUUUGAUAAAAAGUACAUUGGUGAAUUCAAACAUGACUUUAAGUAUGGUCUUGGAAUAAUGGAGUUUUCUAACGGAGAUACAUACCAAGGAGAGUACAUUAAUGAUAAAAGACAUGGGUUCGGAAAAUAUACCUACCUUUCUGUAGGCCAUGAUUGCUUAGUUUAUUUUGGCCAGUUCUCUCAGGACACAAUGAAUGGCGAAGGAAAAAUGGUAUUUAAAGAUGGCACUGUAUUUGAAGGAAAUUUUAAAAAUAGCAAAAUGCAUGAUGAAGAUGCUAUGCUGAAAUACCCUAAUGGGGACGUUUAUACAGGAGGUAUAGCUCAUAACCAAAAGCACUCCAAGGAUGGAGAAUACAUAUAUUCUAGUUCUAACUAUUCAGGCGCAGAUUUAGUCUAUAAGGGUGAAUUCAAAGGUGAUCAAAGGGUCGGCAAAGGAACUGUACACUUUUCCACUCCAAGUAUCAUUGUAAAUGCUAAAAUUGAAGAAGAUACUCAAUCACAAGAACGCAUAAGGAGUAAAGCUACAGCGAGUGUUGAGUUCGUCGAUGAGAAAAUGAUUUAUGAAGGGGAGGUAUCUGGAGAGGCAAUUCAUGGUACUGGAGUCCUUAAGCAUCUUGACACUGGCAAUGAAUUUAGAGGCACUUUUAUGAACAAUAAGAAGCAUUGUAGAUGAGAGUUCAUACUUAAAGAAGGAGAUACAGAGAAACAGUUUACUGGAGAAUACACUCACGGGGUUGAAGAUUCCUCAAAGAGUGAUUAUGGUAGAAGAAGUUAG